AGCCAAAUCAUCUUCAUCAAUCUGUGCAAAGCUUUCAGUUGAUUAUAAGCUACUUCGUUUCUGGGUAUAACUUUCACUAGCUAGGAAAAUAUGGCCUCUCUAAAGGGUAAGUUGGAGACUGAAAUAGAGAUUAAGGCAGAUCCUCAGAAGUUCUACGAAAUCUUUAAGAAACAAGCCCACCAAGUUCCCAACGCCACUCCUGACCAUAUACAGGCAGUUGAGGUGCAUGAAGGUGAUUGGGAGACACAUGGCUCCAUCAAGCUCUGGAAAUACACUGUUGAGGGGAAUGCCGAGGUUUUCAAAGAGAAGGUUGAGUUUGAUGAUGCAAGCAAGACAGUAACUCUUGUUGGUGUUGAAGGAGAUGUUAUGAAGAGUUACAAGACCUUUAAGCCCAUCUUUAAGGUUACUCCCAAGGGUAGUGGCAGCUUGGCGACAUUGAGUAUUGAAUAUGAGAAACUGAGAGCUGAUGUUCCUCCGCCAAACAAGUACUUCACCAUGAUGCUUAAUAUCGCUAAGGAUGUUGAUGCACAUCUUGUGAAGGCAUGAUAAAAGGGAUGUGU